UUAAAGCGAACGCCGGCUUCGAACGAUCAAUACCGCGUUAUCAACAUAUUUAACCCAGUGUGGGUGUUUACAUGCGCGUAGUACUCGUGCCGCGCUUAACUAAGUUUGACGCAGGUGAUAACGCUAAGUCGCAAUACGGUUUUAAUAAAAGAAAUGUAAGCCAGCAUGCCUCUACCGGAUCUUAUUAAACGUGCGUCGAGUUAUUUCCUAGGGCUCGAGUUCGAUGACAACGAAGAACCUCCCGAUUACGUCGACAAUGAAAUUUUAUUUUGUAAGAAUAAUGUGUGCGUCCAUCCACCGACAAUUGCGAGGCAUGAAUUAGAUAUUGUACAUCAUCCAGGAUAUAUGACAGUGACGACGAAAGUGUUUACUGAUCAGCACAAUAAUGCUAAACGACCUACGCUAUUUUUGAAUUGGAUACCCAAUUCCACUUUAAAGAAGUGUCCGUCAGCUGUUGAAACUAGCCCUAGCGAUGAAAUCGGCUGUGGGAUUAAACCUACAAACCCUCAAGACAUUCCGACCAAGAAGACUGUACAGCAAAAGAACAGAAAAUAUAUCAAUAACGAGAACGCCUUCUCUGACUCUUCGGACACGACUAGUCUGAAUUCGAAUUCGGAUAAACAGAGCAUCAAAUCAAACGAUACAAGGUACACCCAGAAUGAUACCACUCAAGAGGAAUUGUCAUCUAGUUCUAAGCCUACAAUAAAAUCUGUAGAUUCGAGUAAGGACGAUGUGUUUGUUUCUAUCGAUAAAGAUGAGUCGAAAGAUCAGAUAUUUGAAUUUGAACGGCACGUACGAUCCCAGUCAAUGACGUCUGUUAAUAUAACGAUUGCUAACCCGAACGUCGAAAACGUUGAUCUGACUCCAGAUUCAGUUUCUGGUAGCUUUAUGAGGUCUCUGUCUAUGAGUUCAUGCGACGAAGGCAAUCCUAAUUGGAUGAGCACACCUGAAUUCUUAGCUCUGAAACAUAAUUUAGUUUUUCCGGACAGCGUUCAUAGUUCCCCAGUACCGCAAAGACGACAACCUUUGAAAUGUCGAAGGUUCUCCGUGGAUCUAAGUCAAAUGCGAUCCUUGCGAUUAUUCUUCAACGACGACAAUUGCACUUGUGGUCAACUGGUUGUGGCUUCCAGGGAGUCUCAAUACAAAAUAUUACAUUUUCACCAUGGAGGUCUGGAUCAUCUUGCACAAGUUUUGCACAGAUGGCACGCACUAUUGCACAACAUAAAACUAACACCAGGUUCCGAAGAGCCAAAUUUACCAUAUCGUCAUUUCAUGGUUUGUCGUCCGGAGGUUCAAAAAUCUGAGCAACACCCCGAAGAAGGAAAAGUACCCAAGAUUACACCAGAACUAUUUUAUGGUAAAGUCAUGAAUGGGAAAGGCACGAUCGAAGAUGACUUGUUUUUAAGAAAGUGCGUUUUCUUUGGAGGUCUCGAUAAAGAGUUGAGACGAGAAGUUUGGCCGUUCCUACUACACUGUUACCCGUAUAACUCGACAUACGAUGAAAGAGAAAUUAUUUUACAAAUUAGAACGAGAGAAUAUGAUGAAAUUGCUAAGAGACGAUUGGAAAAAAUGACACCCGAACAACACGCCAUCUUCUGGAAGAAUGUACAAAGCGUAAUAGAGAAAGAUGUUGUCAGAACAGAUAGAGGGAAUCCUUUCUUUGCGGGCGAUAAUAAUUAUAAUGUCGAAAUAAUGAAGAAUAUUUUACUGAAUUACGCCAUUUAUAAUCCCGCGUUAGGGUACACCCAAGGAAUGAGCGAUCUACUGGCACCGGUCCUGUGUGAAAUUAAGUGUGAAGCGGAGGCAUUCUGGUGCUUUGUCGGCCUCAUGCAGCGAGCGAUAUUCGUGUGCACGCCCACCGAUAACGACAUGGAUAAUAAUUUGAGUUAUCUCCGUGAACUAAUAAGGAUUAUGUUGCCGCACUUUUACAAACACCUUGAAAAACACGUGGACGCCAUGGAAUUGCUAUUUUGUCACAGAUGGAUAUUAUUAUGUUUUAAACGCGAAUUUACGGAAGCGGUUGCUCUUCGCAUGUGGGAAGCGUGUUGGGCGAAUUACCAGACGGACUACUUCCACCUGUUCCUCUGUCUCGCUAUCAUCGCAGUGUACGCUGACGAUGUUAUCGCUCAAGAUCUCAACACUGAUGAGAUGUUGUUGCAUUUCAGCUCAUUGGCCAUGUACAUGGACGGUCGCCUGAUCCUUCGAAAGGCACGUGGACUUCUCCACCAGUUCAGGCAGCUCGUUCGAAUCCCUUGCACCCUUGUCGGCAUGUGUCAGAGAUGUGGCCCAGGUAUUUGGGACUCGACUCAUAGACCCAGUGUGGAAUGUACUGGAGCCCAUGAUUUCUGUGAAUACGCUGUACAGUGACUGGGGAAAUAAGUCGUCGAUUUAUACUACACGCAAAAAAUAUUUGAUGAUAUUAUGAGGUAUACAAAGAAGCGACCGAAAUUCAAUUACAGGUCCUUCGCCUUUCGGACAUUUACACACAACAAUAUAGACACAUUUGUGUUUAUAUUUUAAAUCAUGGGGUAUUUUUUAGGUGAUUGUUAAGUGUAGUAUUUGCUUAUCAAAGAUGUUAAAUGGAUUUUAUCUUACAAAUAGAAGAUGCUUACAAAUGACGUUAUAUAUGUAAUCUCGGCUUGAUUUAAUUUGCUUGAUAAUAAAAGUCAUUCAAUAUUGGAAAUUUUCGAUUGUGAUGUUCAGGGAUAAUUCUACUAACUAUUGUCACUUUUCGCAAUCGAAUAGUAACCUAAUCGUAACUGUUUAACGUUCCUAUUGUACUAUCCAGUUGCGGUUCAGUCGAAGUCGUCAAUCGUAAUAGAUUCGGGAAUGUAUCGUAACAAUUAUAAAUUAGUAGAAUUAUUCCAAGAACUAAUUCUGUCUGACUUUUUCAUUGGAUAUCUAAUUGACUUUUGUUUAGCUUAAAUUAGUGAAAGAGAAUUUGAGUUUUCAAACACAAAUAAAACCUAGUCAUUCAUAGUCAGUAAAUUAAAAAUUAAGUGUAUUUGAUGCAAGUUUUUAUAGAAUAUAUUAAUAAUAUGUCAAUUUGGUAAAAUAUGGAGUAUCAACAUUUACUACGUUUAAAAUUACAUAAGUUAAAUGAGAUGUUGUUGAUCAAUACGAAGUAAUUCUAUAAAGGGACAUAAUUAUAUACAAAUGUUCUAUGUAUGUGUAUAAUCGAAGCGACUAGUACUAAAAAGGUAUAGUGACGAAAAGAUCGAUUUGGAGUUCAGAGAAAAAUACUAAAUGAAUUCAUUGUCACGUAUGCCUUCAAAUUUUUAAUUAUCUUUAAAUAAAGUUUUAUCGUAAAGAAUCUCGAACCCAGUUUGGGGUUGCUAGUCACGAAAAUUAUCAUUAAACGGAACUUGCCUGCGCACAUUUGUGCAAACAAUGAUCGCGUAUAGAGUUUGUUAUGUAAAAAUGUAUGUACCUAUGUAUGUAGACGUACCUGAAAAUCGUUAUAAUAUAAACAAUCAAAUGUUAUCCCUAUAGUUGUUAUAAUUAACAAACUAAACUAUCAAUGAAUGUGCAAAGUAGUAGUUGUAUUUUUUAAUUGUAGAAUAAAAGCAAAAAGUAUUAACUAAAUAGGCAGACGUUUCUUGUUACAUAAUAUUAAUGCUAUAUUUUGAAAACAUUGCAAUUAGAUUAUCUAUAUAUUUAGAUAGAGUGUCGCACUUCAAAAUGACUAAAACGAGUCAUCUUUAUUUACUUUGUGUGCGUGACAUCUACGCAUGUCACUAGCCAAAGCCUUGCCAAGUGUACGUGUAAUUAAUAGCCAACUGUUGGCCAAUACUAUUUCUUAUCGACACGUUCUCAUCUUUGACAGUCUAUCCAGACAUAUAAAUAAUCAAAGCCAUAAAAUAAACCCUACAUAAUUUUGAUUUACAAGGCAUGUAUUAAAAACUAAUGUAACUAUAAAAAUGUAAAACUGUUUGAUUUUUAAUUUGUUUAAUUUGUGUUUAAAACAGGACAUAUCAUUGAGGUGAACGAUGUGUUCCUUACAUAAUCAAAAUAUAAAAAGAUUAUGAGAAAUAUAACGCAUUUAUGGUGAAAAAAUUGUACCUGCUUAAAUAAUGAAAAUAUAUAUUAUUGGAGUAACGUGGGUUCGGACAGAUAAAAAAUAUAUAAGAACCUUAAAAAAUAUUAUCAUUAAAGCCUAAGAAAUUAUAAAUAAAACAUAUAUUUAUAUUUAGUUUUUUGGUGAAAGAAUAAAAUAUUUUUGUUAUGGUCGAAGGUGGUCAUGCGCCAUUUCGUAAUUUUUAAAAAUGGAUAGGUUUUCUUCACCUAUUUAAAUCCUAAUGCACUGCAAAAAUGGCUUCAUAUUGAGCACGACUAAAGAAUUUAUGUUUGGAACCCUAUUGGAUGUUUGUAUAUCACACGAUAACGACCUAGGACACGUUUUGUUUUUACAAGUUUUUAACGUAAAAGCUACAUGAGUGAGCCGCCUGGGUAAUUUGUUUUUAAUGUUUUGUACAUUCAUAUAUUAUUAAAUUGUAAUCAAAUGUACAAAAUAACACUGUAAUUAAUUACUAAGAUAUUGUGGAAAUGAAAUAUCAAUAUACGGCUGUAGUAUGCAAUGCCUGCAUUUUCCAAAAAAACAAAAAAAAAAAAUUUGAAUGUCAUUCGAAUCGAAGUUCGAAUGAGAAAUAAGUACCGAUUUAAUUAAAAUUGUUAGUAUUUAAAAUCGCUUUGUGUGUCAAAAAUAAUAAAAAUUAUUAUUAUUGUCAUUAUUUGAUAGUAACUGUCUUAAAGUUGCUCGA